AUGACAGUUCAUCGGCUGUUGAUAGGAGUCAACAAUGCAAGUCUGACGGUCCCGCUUAAAGUAAGAGAAGGGAAGAAAGGCGAACCUAUUGCAGCAAAAACCCGACUGGGAUGGUGCAUCUUCGGAGGUUGUGGUAAGGAGGCAACACACUCUCUGAACUACCACGAUUGCGAAUGCUCUAGCGAUCAAGAAUUGCACAACAUAGUGAAAGAUUAUUUCACGAUGGAAGAUGCGGGAGUGAAGUCGCAGGUGAUGCUGGAAUCCGAAGAAGAUAAGUGGGCUAGAAGGAUUUUAGAAGAAACGACUAUUCGUGUCGGCGAACGGUUUGAAACAGGUCUACUGUGGAAGUAUGACGUUGUCGAGUUUCCAGACAGUUACAACAUGGCGGUGAAAAGGUUUGAGUGUUUGGAACGCAAGAUGCUACGAAAUCCAGAUUUGGCGGCGAACCUGAAGAAACAGAUAUCGGAAUACCAGCUGAAAGGAUAUGCACAUAGAGCGACAAGAGAAGAGUUGGCGCAAUCAGAUCCGAAACGCGUGUGGUACCUGCCCAUGGGUGUAGUAACAAACCCACGAAAGCCGGGCAAAGUUCGGCUCAUAUGGGACGCAGCCGCUAAAGUGGACGGAAUGUCCUUGAACUCAAUGCUGCUGAAAGGUCCGGAUCAACUGGCAUCGCUUCCUGCUGUUCUAUCACGUUUUCGUCAGUUUAAGGUGAGCGUCUCAGCAGACAUAAAAGAGAUGUUUCACCAGUUGCAGGUUCGUGAGUCAGAUCGCCACUCUCAACGUUUUCUUUUCCGCAACGACCCGUUGGAGCCAAUAGGAAUCUAUCUUAUGGACGCCGCAACAUUCGGGUCCACCUGUUCGCCGGCGUCGGCGCAAUACGUUAAAAACAAAAACGCCGAAGAAUUUUCCGACACCUAUCCACGGGCAGUCGAAGGAAUCGUAGAGAACCACUACGUGGAUGAUUAUCUUGACAGUUUUGAGGAUGACGAAGAGGCAGAACGGGUGUCGAGCGAAAUCCGAUCGAUACACCGGAGAGGAGGCUUUCAACUUAGGAAUUGGCUGUCGAAUAGUUCCAAAGUUCUGCGUGGGUUAAACGAGGAGGAUCCGAAGGCAAACAAGAACCUGUGUUUGAGCUCAGCUGAUAGUUCUGAUCGGGUUUUGGGCAUGCUGUGGCAGACUGCCGAAGAUGAACUUCGUUUCUCAAUGACGAUGAAGGAGGAGGUGCAACUGGUUAUAGACAGUCAAAAACGACCUACAAAGCGGCAAAUCCUAAGAUGCUUGAUGGGAGUCUUCGAUCCAUUGGGUCUUCUGAGUGUAUUUCUUGUGCACGGCAAGAUACUACUCCAGGAUGUGUGGCGAUCUGGACUGCAGUGGGAUGAGACGGUAUCAGAGGAGCUCUUCGAUCGCUGGAUAAGGUGGACCAGUCAGUUUCCCAAGGUGGGAGCUCUACGUAUUCCUCGAUGUUACUUUGAGGGAGCAACUGUUCGGAAGUAUGAACAACUUCAGUUGCAUGUUUUCGUCGAUGCCAGCGAAGCCGCUUUCUCUGCCGUGGCGUAUUUCCGAGUAGUAAACGACCAAGGAGAACCCGAAUGCUCGAUAGUUGCCGCGAAAACAAAGGUCGCGCCUCUAAAGCCUCUUUCAAUUCCCCGAUUGGAGUUGCAAGCUGCUGUUCUGGGUAGCCGUUUGCUGUCUUCCGUGCAGGAAAAUCAUAGUGUCAAAGUUAGGCAACGAUUUCUGUGGAGCGAUUCAGCAACGGUAUUAGCCUGGCUACGGGCUGAUCAUCGCCGAUAUAAGCAGUAUGUAGCGUGUCGGAUAGGAGAGCUACUAUCAGCGACAGACAUAGCCGAAUGGCGAUGGGUUCCCAGCAAGCUAAACCCGGCAGACGCCGCAACAAAAUGGGGGAAAAAUGCUUGCCCUGAUGUAAGCGACGAAUGGUUCAAAGGUCCGCAGUUUCUACGACUUUCCGAGGAAAACUGGCCGAAGCAAAUACAUCACUCGAUUCAGCCAGAGGAGGAACUGAGGCCUUGUUUCGUUAUCCAAGAAUCGAUCGCUCAGCAGACUAUAUUAGACUUCACUCGUUUCUCGAAGUGGCGACGACUGCUAGGUGCGAUGGCGUAUGUCCAUCGUUUUGUGGAUAAUUGUAGGCGUAAAUGGCGAGGAGAGCAGCUGCAGCUGUUGUUCUUGAGCCAGGACGAACUGAAGAAAGCGAAGAAUUCUUUAAUGCGGAUCGUGCAGUGUCAAGAGUUCCCAGAUGAGAUGGCUUUGUUUUCGAAGGGACCGAACGAGCUUCCCAGGACAAGCAGGUUAUAUCAGUUGACUCCAACAGUUGAUGAGUGGGGAGUGCUACGCGUCGAUGGAAGAAUCGGUGCCGCUCCACAUGCGGCGUUUGAUGCGAGGUUUUCAGUAAUCCUACCAAGAACACACCCGGUGACAAAGCUUGUGGUGGACGAAUUUCAUCGAACAUUCCGACACGGUAACGCAGAAACGGUGGUGAACGAGAUUCGUCAGUUUUACUACAUCUUCCAAUUAAGGACAGUAGUGAAGCAAGUCGCCGCUGAUUGUCAGUUGUGUAAAGUAUUGAAAACGACCCCUAAAAUCCCGCGAAUGGCUCCAUUACCUGUUGCCCGUUUGUCGUGGUUCACCCGCCCAUUUACAUACACCGGUAUUGAUUUCUUCGGUCCGUUUCUGGUGAAAGUAUUGAGAAGUUCUGCUAAACGUUGGAUCUGCCUAUUCACCUGUCUAACUACUCGUGCCGUCCAUGUUGAGGUUGCCCAUAGUCUCUCUACGCCUUCAUGCGUGAAGUGCGUUCGGCGUUUCGUCUGCCGUCGUGGAGCACCGGCAGAGAUAUAUACUGAUAACGGUACUAAUUUUCUUGGUGCCGAGCGUCUAUUAAGAGAACAAUUGAAGUUGUUACACGGCGAUUUGGCAGCGACAUUCACCAACACAGAAACCAAAUGGCACUUCAUUCCACCAGGAGCACCUCACAUGGGCGGUGCUUGGGAAAGGAUGGUGCGUUCAAUAAAGUCUGCCAUGGAAUCGGCUUAUAACAGCGACCGGAAGCUGGACGACGAAGGGGAACAUCCUACUCAGCAUGCACUUCGUUCGUUUCGUUAUCGGUACUGUUCGUGUUUUGCGCCGUUCGUGUCUGCGUUCGUGUUCGUGGUUCCUCACGAAGCGGAGCCAAUAGUCCGUGCGGAACACCGCAACGACUGCAGGAACCGAAAUCCAAAAUCGGGUUUGGCGGUACACACCAUCGAAGAGGGCCACGUGUUCAACUUCGAGAAAACGACAGUACUGGAGCGCAUCGAACACCCGGAGGUAAGGAUGAUCGCGGAGGUAUUUCACAUAAAAAAGCAAGGCGAUCAGCAAACAGUGAACCUCCAACGAGAAUGCAGCAAUUUUAACUCCACGUACAACGGACUAUUGGCUCGGCUUCGUGAGGAACCACGAACACGAACGCAGACACGAACGGCGCAAAACACGAACAGUACCGAUAACGAAACGAACGAAGUGCAUGCUGAGUAG